CGCGAGAGCAUUCAAUAGGCAGAAUACAUGUGCACUUACAGUACUCUCCCACCAAGGAUUGUUGAAGUCCACUCCAGGAUGUUCUGAUCAACAAUCAACGACAACAUGGAAGAGGACAACCCUUUCAGCAAAGCCCAGACUGUCCACCCCGAAGUUCGAGCUUAUGUCUAUAGUCUCGUCAACGCCCUUGGAGGUAGCAGCACCGACGACGAUGGUCGCUACGUACUCGGUGACGAUGCCCUUGCCUGUCUGCGUGAUUUGAAACGAUGGCUUAAAUUAUACGACGAAAAGAACAAUCGCCUAGAUGUCGCGAGGUGCCUUGCAGAAGCGAAACUUGUGGGAGGAGAUCUCAUACCCAUUCUCGCGUCGUGGUCGGAAGACGAAAAAGACAACAAACUCAAGGCGAGAGUUGCACUAGCAUGUCUGGAACUGCUGGUGCCCCUGACAUGGCCCUUGGAAACAGGAGGAGAAAUGACUGCGAACCAUCAUCGACAUACUCCAUACCUCCAACAAGCGCAGGUCCUCUACAAGGCAGCCAUACUGGGGUGUGAUACUAGUAGCAUUCUCCGCCAGGUUGUGCGCAUUGGUCUUCCAUCAAUUGCUCUAGCAAGAGACGGCAGAACAAGUCGAGAUGAAGGCAUCCUCAAACUUAUGCUAUAUCUCUUCAGAAAUAUCGCCGUCAUACAACAGGUUCCCAAUCUGCCGAGUCAAGGCCUAGACUCGGAAGUCUCACGAUCAGCCACCAUAGAAUCUUUUCGAGAUCAGGAUGUAUUUGCUUUAUUGUUGACUAUAUGCUCCAACAUGGGCGAAGAUUUCGACCUGCAGGAUGUCAUUGUGCUGGACAUCAUCUUCAACCUCAUCAAGGGUGUGGACCCAAAGCGACUGUGGAUGACGGAAAAGGAACGCAAAGGUCACGGCAUCACUGAGCUUGGAGAAGCCUUAGCACUGGAAGGCAGCAAAGCAAGAGACGCAAAGCGCCACCAGUGGAGCCGGCAUUGCCGCUUUGGCACGAUGCUCUGGGUCAAGCGUGAAGAUCAAAAAGUGUCCGCUGUAUCUGGUCAGGAUAAUCUGAAAGAUGAUCAGCAAGCAUUCUUUAACAUGGACAAGUCAAAAAAAUGGAAUAAGCCGCAGCAAAAGCGCCGAGAUAUGGACCACACCAUCCACGAUUUCGACCGUACUACUCGACUCACUGACUCAGCCGCGGAAAAGAUGCGCAAUUUCGUUGAAGAAUUCCUUGAUUCUGGUUUCAACCCGUUCUUCACCCAUCUGCGAAAAGCUAUCGAGCGAGAAGCAGAGCGUUUGAUGGAAGUCAACUAUCGCCAAUUCUUCUAUGCCGUGGCCUGGUUUCUUGAAGCUGAGCGUAUCCGUCGAGAAACACAGAAAAAGGAAAACAAGCCGGACAAGGUCCGCACAGAUUUCGAAGACGAGAGCUACUCACUCGUGGCAGCUGUUCUCAAUCAGGAAACGUUCAUCAUGCUCAAUCGCUUUAUGCAAGUGUCUCUGGACAACAAAGAAUGGCAGGACCUCAAUGCCAGCACGCGCUGUUUCACUCAGAUCCUUCUGACAGUACAAGAAAUGGCUCAAAGUCCAAUCGAAGAAGACCAGGAAAUUGCCGACAACAUCCAGAACCGCAUUUUUUACGAAGAAGCGACACACGACAGGAUCGUUAAGAUUCUGAGGGACUAUAAGGAACAAGGAUUUGGCUACCUUGAUGCUUGUACUGAGCUGUCUCACGUGUUCCUGCGCAUGCUUGAGAGAUACUCAAAGGAGAAUGCAGACCUCCAAAUACGAUCCAAGAGGAAAGCCAGGAAAAAGCGUAAAGAGGCUAAGAAACAGGCUGCUCAGACUGGCGAUGAUCCUGCUGCCGAGGAAGAGGAUGAAGAUUCGGAAAAUGAGGAUAUUGCAAAUGCUGCCCAAGUCGCCAGAGAACGCAAAUUCGACUUCCACCGCUUCGCAGCAAAGUUCUCAACCCAAGCAACAGUGGACACCUUUGUUGCUUUGACCGCCUUCUACAGAGAUCUCAGCGCCGAACAGCUCAAGCGGGUACAUCGAUUCUUCUACCGGUUAGCUUUCAAGCAGGACUUGGGGUUGUUGUUGUAUCGUGUCGACAUCAUCGCCUUGUUCUAUAGGAUGAUGAAUGGGCCAGACGCUCUGGAAUCGAGACAUCCCAUGUACAAGGAAUGGUCUGAGUUCUCCAGACAACUUUUCCGGAAAAUGUUCAAAAAGAUCGAUCAACGACCGGAACUCAUUGUUGAGUUGCUAUUCAGCAAGAUAAGUUCAACGGUCCAUUACCUCGAAUUCGGCCAAGAGAAGCAGACGAUUGCGGCAACUCGCGCUCCUGCAGAAUUGGAAAUCAAACCCGCACCAGGAAGAGAUGACAUGGAACAGAUUGGCAUCGUCGUGACUGUGCUUCUGAAGGAUGGAAAGAAUGAUCUUGUCCAGUGGGUCAAGAAUAUGUUAGCAAAGGCACGCGAUGAAAGACAUGCCUGGGAGGCCGAAGCCGAAGCUCGAAAAGCGGCGGCGCUCGAGUCCCCUGAGGCCGGCAAUGAGUCUUUGAUCAUUGGUGAACCACCAUCUAUGACUGUGCGACCGACAUCUGAGAACAUCAAGAUAGCCAUGUUCAAGAACGGUCGCUUGCGGCUGUUGAUGAGCCUUGUCGGCUUCGAGCGCCCAGGGGACGAGGAUGUGCUGGGUGCGAACUGGACUGUGCCCGCAAGCAUACCUGCUGAUGACCUAGCUAAGUCCAAGGCAGCUAUCGAACAUUAUGAGCAGACGCCAUGGCAGGCAGCAGAUGCAAAUGAAGAUGCCGAGGACAUGAUACGACGAAGGAACAAGGCCAAGACGUCCUACCAUGACGACGAGGAUGCUCCUCGUGACGCAUUCAUCGAUGAUUCUGAAGGCGAAGAAGAGUUCUUGUUCCCAGACAAUCCCCGUAGGAAGUCCAAGGACAUCUUGAGAGAACUGAAAGCCCGACGCAAGAGGAAACGAGGCUCUGAUGAUGAAGUUGAUGAGGUUGAUGAAGAAGCUGCAGCGAGGAGAAGAGCCGCUCGUGAAGCCGCCGCCAGGGACAGGAGGCUCAAGAUCAAGAGCGAAGCUUAUAUCAGAGACAGCGAUGACGAGAGCGAUACGGAGAGAGAUCGGCUCUUCUUUGAGCAAGAAGAGAAGCUUCGCAAGAAGACUGCAGAGGAUCACAUCCGCAAGCAGAGAGCAUUUAUGAGUGAACAGUCUGGAAAGACCAGAGGAAAAGGCAAGAAGGCCGCGGUGUCUAAGAUUCAAGACCCUCAACACGAUAGCGAUGACGACGUCUUGAUGGGAGGUGUCAACGAUGAACUCAACGAGACUGCCUCAUCACAACCGCAGAGGAAGUCAGACACAGAGGAUGAGUCCGCAGAUGAAGAUACGCCGCUGUCAUCCCCUGGUUCAGCAACCGUCAAGGAUGGUGGGCGCGAUAAGCUGGCCCUCAGAGAAAUCGCGCCACCAAGGACGGCAUCGAGUAUCGUUUCGGCCAAAGCAGUUGUAGGCGUCACGACAAAUGAGAGUGACGGCGAUGAAGAUAUUGUCCCUACUACACGGCGGCGGCAGAUCAGAGGCGGGUUUAUUGUAGAUAGUGACGAUGACGACGAGUAGAGGUUGGGUCGAUCCUAACUUGGAGGCUGUGUUGGCA